GCGACCACUACCGCCACAGCAUUUUGCUGUGCUUGUGCGCAGCCUUCAUCAUGGCCUCUUCCACGGGUGCUUCAUACACUUCGGCCCCAUGGCCUUCAUCCUCGGCUGCUCCACAACCUGCUGCUGCUGCUCCAGCUGGCCAACCUCCUGCUGGGAAUGUGGCAGGAUGGACAUUGGCCGUGCCAAACGUGAUUUGGGACCAGGAGUACGAAAUGGAGCUUGACCUCAGCCCCUUUGAGGCCAUCACUGGACGCACAAGGGCAGAUCUUGGAGGUGAAAGCACAUUGGACAGCUUUGACCUGCUUUGGUGGGCGCGGGAGGAUCUGAUCGAGGUGCAGGGUAUGAUGGAGUCAUCCAUCUCAGCUCUCUACUAUGGGAGUGGGAGGUUGAAAAAGGAGAGGAAACGCCUUCACUGGGUCUUCCACAAGCACAUGCCGGAGCAUUGCAGGAGCUGGGGGCAUGAUCUGCCGAAAUUGGGCCUGCGGCUGCUGCGUCCGCGGUGGCUGGAGGCGAACGAAUUGUUCAACGACAAGACGCAACACGAUUUGAUGGAAGCAUGGCUCGCAUGGUCACUGACAAGCAGUGACCCCUUUUGGAAGAGCAUUGUGGCCCACAUCCUGCACUUCCUGAACUUGCUCGAUACGGUCUUCAAGUCCACAUGGGUGCCCAACUCCUGGAACUAUGCCACUAGCUGGGAUAGGAUGCUCGAGCUCAGGGAGAAGCUAGAGGAGAUCAAGGAGCAGCGUACGCAGCUCAGGG